UUCCGGGAUCAUGCACGGGUUCCUCUUUUGCACUCUGCUCAUUACUGGAUUAGCACAGUUCUGCUUUAGGACGCAGGGCACUGUGUCAUCAGACGAGACCUCUGGAGGGCCUGGAGAAGCAUCUCACCGUAAACAAAUCUGUCAUUGGCCCUGCAAAUGUCCUGCUCAGAAGCCCAGUUGUCCUCCUGGGGUGAGCUUGGUAAGGGAUGGCUGUGGAUGCUGCAAAAUCUGUGCCAAGCAACGAGGAGACAUGUGUAAUGAAGCUGACCUCUGUGACCCACACAAAGGGUUGUAUUGUGACUACUCAGCUGACACGCCUAGGUACGAGACAGGAGUGUGUGCAUAUCUUGUGGCUGUUGGAUGUGAGUUCAACAGGGUCCAUUAUCAGAAUGGCCAAGUAUUUCAGCCGCAUCCACUGUUCAGUUGCCUCUGUGUGGGUGGUGCGAUUGGAUGCACACCCCUCUUCAUACCUAGGCUGGCUGGCAACAACUGUGUUGCAGCUGAAGAUGUAAGGAGAUCUGGUGCAACCAACUGUAACCCGGGACCACUGCAACAGGGGCGCUCAACAGGCUACAGAGCAGUGCCAGCUUACAGGAACCUUCCACUUACUUGGAAAAAAAAAUGCCUUGUGCAAGCAACCAAGUGGACUCCCUGCUCCAGAACAUGUGGAAUGGGGAUUUCUAACAGGGUGACCAAUGAAAACAGCAACUGUGAAAUGAGGAGAGAGAAGAGGCUAUGCUAUAUUCAGCCCUGCAACAGUAACAUAUCAAAGGCCGUGAAGAUCCCCAGAGGAAAAACCUGUCAACCCACUUUCCAGCUCUCCAAAGCUGAAAAGUUUGUCUUUUCUGGAUGCUCAAGUACACAGAGUUACAGACCCAUUUUCUGUGGACUAUGCCUGGACAAGAGAUGCUGUGUUCCCAACAAGUCUAAAAUGAUUACCGUCCAGUUUGACUGCCCCAGUGAAGGGUCAUUUCAGUGGCAGAUGCUCUGGGUCACAUCCUGUGUGUGUCAGAGAGACUGCAGAGAACUGGGAGAUAUAUUUUCUGAGCUCAGGAUUCUAUAGAGCCAAACACAGGCAGGAAAGUUGAAGGCCAAGUCAUUCAUGUCAUAGAAUCAAAAAACUAGAGUGCCUAUAAAAGGUUGAAAA